CAUCCCGGCCUCGGCCGCUAGGGGUGGCGGCUGCGGCAACGGCGUGAGUGACGGCGCGGUUGCUUUGAGGGCGCCGCAGCCUUACCGAGUGGGGACAGCGCGAGGCCAGAGGGUGGGAAAGCGGCCGGCGGCGGAAGGCGGCGCCGGAGGAGGGAGGCGCGCGGUGACUCAUCCCUCUGGAAGAUCAGACACGCUCGCCGAGCCCGCCCGCCCGCCCGCCGGCUCGCCCGCCCGCGCCGCCGCGCCGCCGCUCCUCCUUAACCGGGAGGCGCCCGCCCGCACCGCCCGCCCGCUCCGAGCUCCCAGCCCGGCCGCGGCACAGAAAGUUUUCCCCGGGGCUCAGGGCCUGCGGGAAGCGGAGCGGGCACGGCAGGGAGGCGGUCGCCGUGCGGGCCCGCCGAGUGCAUGGUGCCGGGCGUCCGGGCCGAGCGUCUGGAGGACCCGGGGCGGGGCCGGGUUGAGCCCAGCUCCUGAGCCUCUGUCCAGCUGCGUCCGAAGGCGGACGAAGCCUUGGGACUGCCGCGGGGGUCGCGCUCCAACGCCAUGUCCCGGCUGCUGCCGCUGCUGGGGAGCCGGACGGUGCGCAGCCUGAGGCCGGGCCCUGCCGCCGCGCCCCGCCCGCCGUCCUGGUGCGGCUGCGGCCGGGGGUUGCUGGCGCUCGGGGUCCCCGGCGGUCCCCGGCUCCUGGGUACCCACCCCAAGAAGGAGCCCAUGGAGGCGCUGAACACGGCGCAGGGCGCGCGCGACUUCAUCUACAGUCUGCACUCCACCGAGAGGAGCUGCUUGCUCAAAGAACUGCACCGCUUCGAGUCCAUUGCCAUCGCCCAAGAAAAAUUGGAAGCUCAACCGCCCACUCCAGGACAGCUGAGAUAUGUAUUCUUCCACAAUGCGAUACCUUUCGUAGGGUUUGGCUUUUUGGAUAAUGCAAUUAUGAUUGUUGCAGGAACCCAAAUCGAAUUGUCUAUUGGAAUUAUUUUGGGAAUUUCAACAAUGGCAGCUGCUGCUUUGGGAAAUCUUGUUUCAGAUUUAGCUGGACUUGGCCUUGCAGGUUAUGUGGAGGCCUUGGCUUCCAGGUUAGGCCUAUCAAUUCCUGAUCUUACACCAAAGCAAGUUGACAUGUGGCAAACGCGUGUUAGCACACAUCUGGGCAAGGCUGUUGGGGUGACUAUUGGCUGCAUUCUAGGAAUGUUCCCUUUGUUUUUCUUUGGAGGAGGUGAAGAAGAUGAAAAACUGGAAACGACAAAUUAAUCAUCUUAGAAUAUCUAUAAAAAGAUGUAAACUAAUGUACCUCAGUCAUUAAAAAAUACUGUCACAACAUUUAGUGGCGAAGACAGUAACAGUGUAUAGAUACGGGAUCAAAUAAUUCAGCAUGUAUUAUGGAAACACUAACUUAUUGUGGCUUGGUCUUCUUAUAACAUCUUUUUAAAAACCAUUUAGUAUCAUUUUAUGUAAAUUGUUGAGAUGCUUUUCAUCAGUGGCAUCAAUAUGUUAUCUUUUCCUCCUCUCUAUGUAUCAACAUAUUAUUUAACUUUUAGUCAUUGAUACUGUACUGUACUGACUUGGGAUUUGCUUAUUUGUUAUGUAACAUGUACAUGCAUGGAAAUACCUAUUUAUGUUUUUUUUUUCUUGAUGGUUAUAAUUCAAUGCUAAGGUUUCUCCAAAUUAUUUAAGAUGUUUAAUAUCAGUUAAAAUUUUGACUCCCUGCCUGGUGGCAUCACUUCUGUGCUAUUUCACAGUAAACAUUUACAAUCCUAUUAUUUCACUCAUUUUCAAAGCUUUCACAUCUAUUCAAAAUGAAUACAGAUUUUAAGUAUAUCUAGUUCAUUUUAAUUUUGAACCACACUGUCUUAAGGGCCAGAAAGAGCAAUUUUCCAGCCUUCCUUUUACAUACCCCAUGUAUGCUAACAAGUGUACUUAUUUCUAGUUGACUUUUGACUUUUCAUUUCCCAACUUUGACUAGCUACACCGUGAGUUGUGGUUUGUGAGGGAAAGACGGUACUUCAAUGCUCACCAUCUUUAAAAGAUUAGGAAAUUAGCGUGAACUAAGGAAUGUGAUAGGACAUUUGGAAAUCAUGGUAAUUUUUUAAGGGAAAUAGAAAAGGGAACCUUUCAAGGUUCAUAGAGGAAGUGACAGAUGUUUGGAAGGUUCAUGAGGAUCCAUUCUAUUACUUUGGAAGGAUUUUUCCCCUAAAGUGUUUUUGUCUCACCAGAAUGGAAUGAGUCUAAAUAUUCCAUGCUCAGAAUCCUAAUCUCAUUAGAUCUUGCUUUGUGAUUUUUUUGGAUGAAUUUUUUAGAAGUAACAUGUAUUUCGUAUUUUGCUCUUUGCUAUAUAGUCUAGUCGAAUGUAACACGAGGAGAGAGUUUUCCUCUCACUUUUGGAGAUUUUUCUUCCGUGGUGAUUUUAGCACACGGUGGGUGAAAGCUCCUGUGUCUGUGCUUGUAUGUCUGAACGAAAUCAGGUGGGAAGCCUAGGUUUUCAUUUUCUGAGCCUUUUAAAUUUUCUCCCCUGUGGUCUACAUACGCUGAAAAGUUGUUCCAUGUGAUGGACUAAUUGAAUGUGUGGAAGAGAGGAGUUGAAGCUGGAGUUUAGUCUUUGGGGAAUUAAAAUUAUUCACAUUUGCCAACUAGAUAGGAAAGAGAAACUUAGCAUGACUAUGCCUUCUAAGUCUUAUUUGGGAGUUUUGUUUGCACAUAAUUACUUCGAGCUCUUUUUAAAGAUUUCUUUUCCAUAAGAAAAUGUGUCACAUACUGCCCCUCUUGCACUUAGGGAUGAUUUAGUGCUGUCCAUUUAUCAUGAUUUUAAGGAAAAAUAGACAGUAUAAAAAAAACCAUUAAAUUCUCAUAUACUCAAGUAGCAUUCUCCUUUGAUCAAAUAAGAAUUCCACAUCUGGAGAUGGCAGACAAAUUUGCCUUUUGUGUCUUCUUCCACAUAGCACACAUGGACGCCAGGAAGAGGACUCCAGGCUGAUGGAUUAGAAUACUUAUUUCAUUUUCUGUGUGAACAUGUGAGUGCUGUGUCCGUCUUUGUAUAGACAGAUUAGAAUGUUUAUUUCAUUUUCUGUGUCAAUACGUGAGUGCUUGUGUCUGUCUGUC